GGAAGAAUGUUUCUUACAUUGGUGAUCAGUGGGAAGAAUGUUUCUUACAUUGGUGAUCAGUGGGAAGAAUGUUUCUUACAUUGGUGAUCAGUGGGAAGAAUGUUUCUUACAUUGGUGGUCAGUGGGAAGAAUGUUUCUUACAUUGGUGAUCAGUGGGAAGAAUGUUUCUUACAUUGGUGGUCAGUGGGAAGAAUGUUUCUUACAUUGGUGACCAGUGGGAAGAAUGUUUCUUACAUUGGUGACCAGUGGGAAGAAUGUUUCUUACAUUGGUGAUCAGUGGGAAGAAUGUUUCUUACAUUGGUGAUCAGUGGGAAGAAUGUUUCUUACAUUGGUGAUCAGUGGGAAGAAUGUUUCUUACAUUGGGGACCAGGGGGAAGAAUUCUCCUUACAUUGGUGAUCAGUGGGAAGAAUGUUUCUUACAUUGGUGACCAG